CUACUGAAUGUUAACCCUGUGGUUUUCUUGGUUUGGUGCAGAUUAUUUUGUACAUGGAGCUAUAUUCCUCUUGUGUAGAAUUUAUCAUACUUGAUGGAGAUAAUCUCAAGCAGCUAUACCCUGGAGCACACAUUUACUUGUUUGGUUCUCGAUUGGACUCCAUGCACUUGUUUGCAAUCAUUAGUGUUCUUAUCAUUCUGCCCACAGUUUGGUUGAAAGAUUUACGAUUGAUCUCUUACCUUUCAGUCGGAGGUCUCAUUUCGACAGCUCUAGUGGUCGUAUGUCUUCUCUUACUUGGGACAGUAGAUCAAAUUGGAUUUCGUCAGACGGCUCCAGUGGUAAAUUGGAGUGGUAUUCCAUUUGCAAUAGGUGUCUAUGGGUAUUGCUAUUCAGGGCACUCUGUUUUCCCAAAUAUCUAUCAAUCUAUGGCUGACAAAACCAAAUUUACAACAGCAGUCAUUGUGUGCUUUACUUUGUGUAUUCUCUUAUAUGGUGGUGCUGCAAUCAUGGGAUUUCUUAUGUUUGGUCAAUCUACGCAAUCACAGAUUACUCUGAAUUUGCCAAAACAUGCUUUUGUUUCUAAUGUUGCAUUAUGGACGACAGUAGUAACUCCAAUUACCAAAUAUUCCUUGUUACUGAACCCGUUAGCUAGAAGUAUUGAGGAGUUGCUUCCUGCAGCUUUGGCUACUAGUUACUGGUUUUUCAUUGUCCUAAGGACAGCAUUGGUUAUAUCUACACUUUGUGUUGCAUUUCUUCUUCCCUUUUUUGGUAUUGUGAUGGCUCUAAUAGGCUCCCUUUUUAGUGUACUCAUGGCGGUAAUUAUACCAGCUUUGUGCUUUCUGAAAAUUUUGGGGAAUAAGGCUACAAAUAAUCAGAUCAUACUCAGUGUAGCCAUUGUCUUAUUGGGGAUAGUCAGCGCGUUCAUGGGAACAUACACCUCUCUGUCACGACUUGCUGAGGAAUACUGAAAUAUUUGCAACAUGUCCAUAUAAAGCAUUAUGUGGGGAACCUGAGUUGUUGUGUUACUAAUUUGUUAGUACGGAGCAAGAAAAAUUAUAAUGAUUCAUAGAGCUCACGUUCUUUAAUCAGUUGCUAAAUUGUUUCUGCCAUCUCGGCAUCGUUUUUCCUGGAUAUUUGCAUAGAAUUUGGAGUUCCAUAAAAUUUGUUACUCUUGGCAUUAACUACAGGUUUUUGCUUUUUA